AUGUUUGGUAAUUUCGUUCAACGCAUACAAGAAUCGUUCAGUCCGGUGACGUCACCGGUGAGUUCGCCAAAAGUUUUGGGUAGAAGAUUUAAAAGUCCGAACAGAGGACCCGCACCCGCACGUGCGGCUGUACCACCUUCGAGUCGUCACCAUCACCGGGGUCCGAAUUCCCGUAGGAAUCACAAGGAAGAAUAUCGAGAAGUUCAAUCCGAACCCGAACUCGACGUGUCCACAUCGUCGUCGACGACGGGAAGUAAAAAAUUAUUGGAUAAGAGAAAGGGAAAAACGAGAGGGAAGAUAUUGAACAUAUCCGAUCCGAUACCCAUAGACACGGGUAAAUUUACGACGAACGGUAACGGUUUGGCGAUAUAUUGCAACGCGGAGGAUUUGAUACUAUCAUCUCCGGAAAAAUACAAUCGUGAUGAUGAUCGUCAAGGGUUACUAUUACCAUCAUCACCGUCGUCGUCGUCGAAUCGCAGGAAGAAAAAUGUUCAGUACGAAAGUUACAAAUGUGGAGAUAUCGGUAAGGUGAUGGGGGUGAGAAAUAGUGGUGAGAAAUCACAUUUGAAAGAAAUAAAUCAAAACGGUUUCAAUUACGUGAAUAGUGUACCCAACAUAGUGGACGAAAGUUUAUACGAAAAUCAUUCGGUUUCGCGUGACGGAAAAGGAAGUAGAAAGGAAAACAUAUGUGAGCCCGUGGUAGUUGGAGUUGGAAAUCGUAAAAAUUCAAGAUUGCAAGAAUUUCAAAGGACGAGAGAAGAAAAUAUAUAUGCAGGACUUGGAUUUGCACCCUUGCAAGGAUCGAAAUCCUUGGGAAGGCUCGAUGGAAUCAAAGAGGUUUCCUUUCGUAAAAUAAAGGCAACGCCUUGUUAA